ACCUGAGAACAUUGUGGUAUAAAACAAAAUUGGGUUUUUCGAGCACUCUUCAGUUUCCAUUGUUUAUUAGCAUCUGACGGAUGCUACGUAUACGUAAUGUUGCCUCCCGCGCGUUUGAUUCUGUUUGUCCUUCUGAUUUCGGUGGCAAAUGGCCAGAGAAGUAAAUCCCGCCAGAAUCGUCCUCAGGGCAGGACCUUGGGACUGCUAACACCUUUGUUGUUGGGUGGCGGAGGAUCUCUUUUCGAUGUCCCGCCUCCUCCGCCACCUGUUAGGCCCUCGGGAGGAUCCUCGUCGUCGGCUGGAACCCAAUCAGAUCCAUCGGAUUCUUAUUACGGCAACAACUAUGGAUAUAGGCCCAAUUAUGGCUAUGGCUAUGGAUAUCCCAGUUAUGGUUACAACUAUGGUUACCCCAACUAUGGGUAUUAUGGCUAUUACAGGCCCAGUUAUAACUAUGGGGGUUACCAGAGACCUCAGCCCAAUCCAGGAAGCUACUACGGAUACAGACCGAAUUACGGACCAUAUGGAUUGGCAUCAGUGGGAGGAUAUCCCUCGAAUGGAGGCUAUGGCAGUGCCGCUGCAAUCUCCAGUAAUCCCACCUCUUCCUUGGGCGUGGGAGUGGCAUCUGGAGCAGGCUCUGGAGCUGUUCCUGGAGCUGGUAACUCGCAGUUGUCCACGGCACAGGCUGCCCAGUUGGCAGGACUUUUGGGCCAGGCCCUGGGCAGCAGUCUACGGCCCCUUCUGGCCAAUGGGGGCGCGGCAGGAGCCACUAGUGCGGGUGCUAAUCCUCAAGCUUUGAGCGGCCUGCUCGGACUACUGGGCUAAGCCAUACAAAAAACAGUAUUAAUAGUAUAACCAUCGAUGGUGUCAUUGAA